AUGUGGUCUAGGGGUCCUAACACGUGGCCUCACCUCUCUUCUCCCUGUGUUGCACCCGAUGCUGCUGAGCUGGCUGUGGCGCUCCUGACUAAUCAGCAGCGGUGGGGCGAUGCGCUGGCACUCUGUGAUUGGCUGGAGGGCAUUGUUAGGCGAGUGGAGGAUGGAAGGGGAAGGGAAGACAGGAGGCUGGUGGUAGGGGCUGGUGAGGCUGAACGGUUAUCACCAGCAGCAGCAGGAGCAGUAGCAGCAGCAGCAGCAGCAACGGCAACGGCAGCAGAGGUAGCAGCAGCAGGAGUGGUAGAGGCAGGAGCAGUUGUGGGAAUGGAGGAAGGAGAAAGCAGGAUGGAAGGCAGGGAACAUGGUGUUGGGGGAGAGAACGGAGGUGGGGAAGGGAAGGGAGGCGAUGAAUCUGCUACAGCAAGAGCAGCAGGAACAGCAGGAGAAGCAGGGGAGAAAGACCUUGAGGGGGUUGCAAUGGAAGUGGAGCUAGCAGUAGCGGGGACAGGUGACUCACCUCCUGCUGCUGCUCCUGCUGCUCCCGUGGCUGCCCUUGUGAGGUUGGAGAGUGGAGGGGCGGAGACAGGAGAAGAGGGAGGGAUUAGACAGGGGGUGGAAGAAGGGGGAAAGGGGAGGAGAGAGAGGGAUAGGAAGGAGAGGGAGCGGAAGGGGUGGGAGAGGGAGUGGUGUGUGGAGGUGGGUGCAGUGGCAGGGGUUUGUCGGGGCCUUUGCAAGCUCAUGAUUGCUGCUGAUGCGUUUCUUUGUGGGGGGAGCGAAGGCGGACGAGGGGGAGGAUCGGGAGGAGGAGGAGGAAGUGGAGGAGAGAAGGGAGAGGUAGGGAUUAUUCUUUCCAAGUCUGUGAUUGAAACGGGCAGCAGUAAAGUGAGCAGUAAGUCAGACAGUAAGACAGACAAUAAGACAGACAGCAAGCCAGACAGCAAGGGAGACAGCAAGGGAGACAGAAAACGAGACAGCAAGGGAGCCAGCAAGGCAGACAAUCACAAAAGCAACCCGGCAGGCAAGUCCGUGAGUGUGAGUGCCGGUGCAGCAGCAGGUGCUACCAGCCAGCCUGGUAACCUGGAGGAGGCUACCAGGCUCGCUGCUGCUAGGCUGUGCUCUGCUCUGGAUGCUGCUCUGACUGCCCUUGUUGUGUAUGGGUGCCGGGAACCUCGACUCCUACUGCCACUGGGAAAGGAAGGAGAGGUUGCAAAAGGAAAUGCUGCUCCUGCUGGUGGUGGUGGUGUAGGAGCAGUGGGAGAAGCCGGAGGGAAAAUGGGCGGGGAACUGGGUAGGCAGCAGCUGAAGCAGGUAGGUCCGAUAAGUUUGGUAGCGUCCCAGAUAACAGCAACAGCGGUAACAGCAGAUGCAGCAGCAGCAGAAGUAGCAGCAGCAGAAGUAGCAGCAGCAGAUGUAGCAGCAGCAUCAGCAGCACCAGAAGCAGCAGCAGCAGCGCCGUCUGUCUCCAUGCCUCCCAUGGCCCGUCUCCUUCGUCGCGUUCCCCUCCUGCCACUUCUGUCACAUCAACGCCUGCUCACGCGCCUGGCCUCUCUGCUCGUGGGCUGGGUGCAUCGAUAUGCCACCCAGGGUGCUGUUGGCACAAGCAGUGCCACCGGUGCUACCAGUGCUACUGGUGCUGGUGCCACUGCUGCCACUGCUGAUACCACUGGUGCUGGUACUAAUGCUGGUACUUCUUCUGUUGCUGCUGUCACAAGUCCACGGGAUUGGUUAUUGGAGCUCCCUCGGUUCGGCCUUCUAGCUGCUGUUGCUUCAGGCGUAGAUAUUUUUGGAGGCAGUUCGGGAGAAGCGGGGCUAGGGGGUAAGGAUAUGGGGAUGGGGGUGGGGAAGGGGCUGGCAGGUGAUGGGAGAGGGAGUAGCGGGGGGUUAGGGCUGGAUGGGAAGGAAGGGGGCGCGAGGAUUGGGGGUGGUGGGGGAGUGGGGAGGGACGGCGGGGGAAAUGGUGGAGAGAGGAGUAAGGGUGAGGAGGGGGGGAGUAAGAGGAAGAGGACGAGGGAAGAGAGGGAGGGGAGGAGAGAUGAGAAGGAGGGGAAGAGGGAGGAUCGGGAGGGGAGGCGAGAGGAGAAGGAGGCGAGGAGGGAGAAACGGAGGAAGGAGAGGGAAAGGGAGAAAGAGAAGGCUCAUGUUCCUGCAGAAGCUUCUGCCAUGCCUGUGGAAGCUUCCUCUGUGCCCAUGGAAGCUUCUGCCAUGCCUGUGCUGCUGCCGCAGCAAUCGCAGUUGCACCUUCCACAUGGCCAGGCCUCCCCAGCAGCAGCAGCAGCAGCAGCAGCAGCAACCACAUCACUGGCACCCAGAGCAGGAGCAGCAAGGGCUGCUGCUGGUGGUGGAGGUGGUGGUGGUGGGGCAGAGGCAGAGGGAGAGGGAGAGGAAGAGGCAUGGGUCGGCCAGGCAGCCACACGAGGGUUCUGCCAAUUGAAAAAUCCCAAUCUUUCCUCCUUCCUUCUCUUCACCCCCCUCCCUUCUUGUGCUUGCGCAACAGGCGGGCCAGUCGGCCACUCGAGGGUUCCAGGACAACAACCCUGCGACCGCCAAUGGGGGAAGAAGCGGAGGCCUUUUGACACGUCUCAAAGUAUUCUCGCCCUCUCACCCUCUCAACCCCUCACCCCCUCACUCUUCCACGCCUCACCACACCCUCCUCUGUCACUCCCUUUGUGUGACAGGCGGGCCGGUCGGCCACGCGGGGGUUCUGGGACAACAACCCUGCGAUGGCCAACGGGGGCCGCAGCAGAGGAUUUUUUAAACGCGGGCCAGUCAGCCACUCGAGGGUUCUGGGACAACAACCCUGCGACGGCCAACGGGGGCAGCAGCAGAGGCAGCAUGGCACGGCAGGCAGUGCAGGCAACCAUCUCCCUCGGCCACUCCCUCCGCUCUCUCCUCCCCUCCAUGAAUGCACGUGCCAGUGCUGGCUGUGGUGGUAGCGGCGGCAGUGGUGGAGAUGGGUCUAGUGGGCUGGGUGGUGCUGGUUUGGAUAGCAGUGGUGCUGGUGUGGGGUUGGGAGCGGGAAUGGGGAGGGGAAGGGGGAGGGGGAUGGUGAUGGGGAUGGGGAUGGGGAUGGGGAUGGGGAUGGGUGGAGGAAUGGGAAGAGGGGCAGGCGUUGGUGGUGCUGCCACUGCCACAGCCACUGCUACUGCCACUGCUGCUGCUGCUGCCACUGGUGGCGUUGGCAGUGGUAUUGGUGGUAGUGGUGGCAGUGGAGUGAGCAGCACUUGGAUGGAUACACGUGCUGCUGCUGCUGCUGGUACUGUCACGCUGCCUGCCAAUAGCUCGGCUCUACCACGUGUAUUCUCACCCUGGGUGGUACGUGCUUCCCUUCCCUCUCACCCUGUCCUCGCUGCGCCUCUUCCCGCUGCGCCUCUUCCCGCUGCGCCUCUUCCCGCUGCGCCUCUUCCCGCUGCGCCUCUUCCCGCUGCGCCUCUUCCCACUGCACCGCUUCUCUCCUCACUUGCUCGCCUCCCUCCCGUCUCUCCAUUCACCCCCUUUUUUCCAACUUCAUCACCUGCGGCGCAUGCUGCUCUCAGGGCUGUGGGCGCCAAUCUACCAGCAGCCAUGCUGUGCCAGCUGCACUGCUUCCCCAGCCGCUGCAAGCCCCUUUCGAGAGCUUUCCACUCCCCCCUCUUCCCCAUAUCACCCCUCUCCCCCAAUCAGCUGCAGCGCAUGCUGCUUGCUCCCAGGGCGGUGGGUGCCAAUCUCCCAGCGGCCGUGCUGUGCCAGCUGCUGCCAGCGCCACCAUACUCUCAGGCCCACACAGUUGCCCCUUUUAGAAGCCCCUUUCGGAUCUCUAUCCUCUCGCCCCUUCUCCCUCCCCCACUCGCUUUCCUCUCUCCUACCUCAUUCAACCCCUUCCUCUUCCUCCGUCUCCCCCCCACUUCCCCCUCCUUCCAUCUCCCCUUCCUCUCCCAAUCAGCUGCGGCGCAUGCUGCUUGCUCUCAGGGCGGUGGGCGCCAAUCUCCCAGCGGCCGUGCUGUGCCAACUGCUGCCGGCGCCAUACCUGCCUCUCGCCUUCCACCUCCUCUCCUCCUCACCGCUCCUCGACUCCACCACCACGCACGCGUACAUCCAGUGCCUCUGCUGGAGCUGCUAGCCAGUCGCCUGGAAGCAGCGGGCGACACAGCCACUCUCGCGCUUGUGCUCUCCGUGCUCAUGGGAAAUCUCAAUAAGCGCUUGGUGCCUCUGCUGGAGCUGCUCGCCAGUCGCCUGGAAGCAGCAGGCGACACAGCCACGCUCGCGCUCGUGCUCUCAGUGCUUGCGCUGCCCUCCUGCAACGCCCACAACCCGCCCUUUGUGCUUAGGGGACACGUGCGCCGCUGCUCCCUGCGCUUCUUUCGCCUGCUGGCCUCGCAGCUGGGAGCAGGAGGGGAGUUCAGGGGGUAG